AGUUCUAGUAGUCCAAUCAAAAUCUUGUAUAUUUACAAGGGGCCCACCAAAAUUUGUAUUCCCAUUCAGCCUUGUCAUCUUUCAUCAUUGUCCUCUUCUCAAACCUGCACGCGAGGCUGCAAUAACUCCUAUCCGUAUCUACAUUCGCCGUCCAUCAAUCGAGACCGAAAUCUAAUGUGCAAUUGACCUACCAUUGAGACCAAUGUGCAGUCAAUAGCAAUCAAAUACUAAACGCAAUGUCUGGAGUUGAUACACCUCUCCACCCCGAACCCCCGACCAAGCGUCGCAAAGUUCACGAUCGUAGCACCGAUUCUACCCCCGCCCGACAAUAUGGCACACCCGACAAGGCAGAUGACAAACACACUCUCCGUGUUUCUAUCCGUGAGAAGACAUUAGACAGCCGAUCUGCAAGCCAGAGUAGAAGUAGAAGUCCAAGCCGAGAACGGCGACGGGACACCGAGUACUACUCCAGCGAUCGUUCGCCCCGCACCGAAUCCCCUUCAAGCUCUCGAUCGCGUCUACGCUCUCCACGCUCAACACCCGAUAGUCGAACUCCAAGUCGAUCACGAUCUAGAUCCAGAUCACCUAGAAUAAGAUCGGGAUCGAGGUCUAGGUCUCCCACAGACUCCACGCGCUCUCGAACACCAGACGAAACACCUCUGCUCCGCGACACCCUCGAUCACCGCCAUCGCCACGAACCCUCAGAAACCACACCGCCUCUACAACAACUCAUAAGACCACACUAUGUACCCCGAAUGUCACUCAAAGGCCACGAACGUGCCAUCUCACAAGUCCGCGUCUCCCCCGACGGGCGGUGGAUUGCUUCUGCGUCCGCCGAUAGCACAGUACGGAUCUGGAACGCCUCCAAUGGGCGCCACACCGAAACACUGGUCGGCCACAUGGCGGGCGUAUCAGCCGUAGCCUGGGCACCUGACAGCAAAACGCUAGCCUCAGGCUCUGACGACAAAGCGAUUCGCCUCUGGGACCGAGUCACAGGACGGCCAGCACGCGCCGGCAAGCCAUUACUCGGCCACCAUAAUUAUGUGUACUGCCUCGCCUUCUCGCCUAAGGGUAACAUCCUCGCGAGCGGGAGCUACGACGAGGCUGUUUUCCUCUGGGACGUGCGUGCUGGUCGAUUAAUGAGAAGUCUACCUGCACACAGUGAUCCUGUGAGCGGGAUUGAUUUCUGUAGGGAUGGGACUUUGGUUGUUAGUUGUAGUACUGACGGGUUAACUCGAAUAUGGGAUACCUCAACCGGCCAAUGUCUCCGAACCCUAGUCCACGAAGACAACCCACCCAUAACAUCCGUCUGCUUCGCGCCUAACGGGCGCUACGUCCUAGCCUCAAGCAUGGACUCAUGUCUACGACUAUGGGACUACGUCUCCGGCACCGUCAAGAAAACAUACCAAGGUCACGAAAACACAAAAUUCAGUAUUGGUAGUUGUUUCGGUACUGUUACCGCAGCUACACCAAACGACGAUACAAGCGAGAAGGACGAAAAUGGUGAUGCGAUAGUGAAUAGAUCGAACGCGAAUACAAUGGCGUUUAUAGCGGCUCCUAGUGAAGACGGCGAUAUUGUGCUUUGGGAUGUGCGGUCUAAGGCGAUUGUCCAGCGCAUCCCGCGUGCACAUAAAGGCGUUUGUUUCUGGGUUGAUGUUCAUGACGAUAUUAUGGUGAGUGCUGGUCAGGAUGGCACGAUUAAAGUCUUUGGACACCGGCCCUCUGGUGUCACUGCGGUCAACGGAACGAAGAACGCGGCGUCUGUGGAGACGGAAGAAAAAGCGAAUGGCAGCAGUGCGGAUGGUAGUGUACCGCCUCUUAAGGAUGAAGAUGUGAAGAAAGAGGAAUAAGGGGACAAAAUACUGGAAAGGGUGAGAGAAAUGAGUGAAUGAAAAAGGCAGUUGCUCACGUGCUACGCGUAUAAUUCAAGGAAGGAGAUAUAACAAGACUAGAUAGGAGAAGCGGGAGUCAUAUUGGCUGUGUUUGAAUCGGAUAGUUAUACCCUUCUAUUAGGCAUAAUUCACAUCAAUGAAGACGACAUUGAAAAACGCUUAUUAAUAAUGGAUAUAAAAGCCCUUAUCACCAAAA